GCAAAAUUUUAUCUGCGAGUUUAUAGGCAGGAACAUUAGUCAUUUUGAAGGGAAAGUGAGCUUUUUUGGUGUAAAAUAUUCUCGCAUAACCACUAGUUACUACUAUGGUAUGGUAUGGUGCUUUGAACACCAAAAACCUCGACUUAAGCCAUGGGAGCAGCAGCCUCUAAAAUGCUACGGUAGCUACCUGACAUUCCCCAUCAAGCCAUGACGCUCGAUCCUGUCGAACUAAAGCUUUUCCCAUCCUGUUUCGAUUGUAUUUCCUGGUCCCCGGAUGGUGAGCUCGCUGUUGCACUGGGGGAAUAUGUCCAUGUUCUAACUCCGCGGAUAAAAUUACCAACAUCAGCUGGUGCGGCGGAAACACCAUCCACAUCAAACACCCAGUGGACAACCACCAAAUUCCGCGUAAAUGUCUUCACUAAUAAGGAAUGGCCCAUGAUAUUUCCCCAGCGGGGCGAUGGUUUUUUCUCUCUCGGUGAAGAGCAGUCUGUCAGCCAUGUUGUGGCAUUGGCUUGGUCGCCGCAUUGCCUGGCCAAGUACAGUCGACACGUCCUCGCGGUAUUGACAAGCAAUUUGGUCCUGUCGCUCUGGGAGCUGGCGGACGGACAGUCCAAGUGGGUGCGGAGUGUAGUUGUCAAUAGUGCGUUAAAAGAUGCAUUUGGUCCAUUGUUACAAGGACAGAGUUCAAUUUUACAGCGUAAACAGCAUGUCAGGUCCUUCUGUUGGGGUCCUAAAUGCGAUGAUGAUCGUCAUGACAAGGAUGCUCCACACGGGCAUCCUGCCUAUCGAAAUAUGUCUCUACUCGUUGUGGCGAAUGAUAUGAACGACAUAACUUUGAUUAGAGUUAGAAAUGACCGCCGGGGAUUAGACGCGAAGACCCGACGAAAGUUAUGGGUUGAGAUUAUUUCCCAUAAUGAGGUAUCCCCGCCGACUGCGGCAUAUCCUCGUGUACAACCUGGUUCCCUUCUGAGUCAACCGAUGAGAUCAGUACACAUCAUAUCUCACAUUGCGUGGGGCUCCCCGCGACAGAGUUUGGACGAUCAGGGGAAGCCUAGACAUACUUCUCCAAUUGCAAUUAUACAAGCUACUGAGGUUAAGGUUUUUCUGUUACAUGCAAAGUUUGAAGAACUGGGAGGAGAGGAAGAAGGAAAUAAUACGGAUGCCAGACUGGAUUUACUGUUGAGUGAAGCUAUCCCUAUCUCUCAAGAAGAUCAGUUUCAGCGUAUGAGCUUCCAUGGCCCUCUACGUUGGGUCGACUUUGCGGACCUUGAAAAUUCACCAUCAUUAUGCUUGGCUGUUGGAUAUCUUGGGGGAUAUGUUGUGAUUACACUUGACGACCUGUUCGUCUCAGAGUCAAUUGGGAGACAGCAGUGCACGCCGACGAUAUCAUUCCACCACGCACUACGUGCAGACAUAGCAGAAGAUAACAGCUUACUAGAAUGGGAGCCCAUUACUGCCAUAACUUCCACAACGGACACCCAAUCGCAUACCCCUGUCCUACACGUCGCCCAUUAUUCAUCAUCCCUCCGCUCUUUACCACUGCCAGCGACCCAAACUCAAGACGUUACUAUGAGCAAUGAUGGCCAUUCGGGCAACCCGCAGAGUGCCGAUCUUCACAGCCAGAUCGAAGGCUUCCGCAGCCGAUUCGACCUUGACCACGACCUGGGUGGAAUGUCCGUCGCCAGGAUAUGGGGCAUGACUAGCCAUCGAGGCUGGGUUGCAGCGUGCUUCACAGUCCAUCCCAGCGACAUGGUUGAAUAUAUCACCACGGCGCGUGAACGCUCGAGGAUAGUCUUUGCGCACCCACAACCCGCGGAGGGUGGGAGCGGGGAGCCCCGCGAGGCUGUCUCAGCAACGUUGCCUUGGGAUAUUCCUCCACAAUUAACACCUAAGCACACGAGAGCUGCCCGCGCAAGGGUCCUAUCGUUCACCCUACAUGGGAACCAUAGAGAUAUACCGAAUGACCCCUGGGAAAGAAAGCUCAAAUACGCUGCUAUCUGCUGCCUCGCUACAGAUCAAUACCCCGCGGAUGACCCUCCUGUGCUGGAAGCUGCCAAAUCAGCGGCGCAGUGGCUAUCUGAUACAUUAAACCUCGACUUAUCGCUGGAGUUAUCCCUUAUAGACGAAAAGCUCCAGCCGCAAAUCCAACAUCCCUCAGAGCCCUCAACUGGUCCGGAAACGAGCAAACAGAUACCCGGUAAACCCCGCGAAGCCCAAGCGGAGGCUGGUCAUGAUGUAUUUGAAUUCUGCAAUAUAUGCGGGAGCGGUAUUGACUGGUACUCUGCUGAAGAGUCCCAGUGCACGGAGGGGCAUAUGUUCGCCCGAUGCGGAUUGACGUUUCUCUCCAUCCAGGACCCGUCGAUUUCCAAGCGUUGUUCAGUGUGUGGUGGCGAAGUCUUGGAUGCGGAGCUUGCCGAAGUCCCUAGUGUGAUUGAGCCAGAGAUGGAGACGGCGGGUGAGUCUCAGGCUCAGUGCCAAGAGCGGCGGUUGCUAGAUAUACUCUGUGAGACUUUCGACACAUGCAUAUACUGUGGUGGGAAGUUUAGGGAGUAAGUUAGAGUGGUAGACUGGGACAUAAAAUAGGAGAAGGAAACGCGACUGAGAGGGUGUGUGAGAGAUAGUGGUAUCGCUGCACUAAUAGUAAUUUUGGUAAAUUUUACUUGCGCUGUGCCAACGUUUACCAUGUGCCUGUUGUUAAAACCGCCCUACACACUGGCAUGCAACAAAAAAACAAAAAAUCCCAUGCACGAAUGUUUAACCAAUGAACCAACCCAAUACGGCAUGAUCUAUAUAUGUGCUCUAUGGCAGAAGGUAACAGUAAUUUGAAAACACCGGACGAGGAACGAUAAACAGUAAGGAAACAGAACAAAAGUCGUGGAAUCUGUACAUGUACAAGGUUUAGGAGAGGAAAAGGAUAAAAUGUAAAUACAAAAAAGAGCAAGGAAUGUCUACAACAAACUCCGCUUUCAGGGGGCUGAGUUCUCUCAACCCCGCAUCAUGGAAACGAGGAAGGCAGGAAGACAUAUUUACCAGAGAAAUGGUGCUCAGGAUUUGAUGUGUGAUAGAUAUAUGUUCGCAGCUUAAUAUGCGUGGGUAUCAUAGCUCCACCUCUUCAUUGUGGAGCACAG